UAAAUGUGGAUGAGUGGCUAGUUACGAUGGUACAGUCUAUGUACAGCAAUGCUAGAAGUUGUGUCAGGAUUAACGAUUCACUUAGUGAUGAAUCUAGUGUAAAUGUUGGUGUACAUCAGGGUUCUGUACUUAGUCCUUUGUUGUUUGUUCUAGUCUUACAAGCGGUGUCGAUGGAGUUCAGAACAGGUUGUCAAUGGGAGUUAUUGUAUGCAGAUGAUUUGGUUCUCAUGGCAGAGUCGAUGGAAGAAUUAGUUGAAAAGUUUGAGAAGUGGAAGAAAGGACUAGAAGAGAAAGGGCUAAAGGUAAACACAGCAAAGUCUAAAGUCAUGAUUAGUAGCAUUGCAGCCAAGUGUGACCUUGUAGUUGGAAAGUGGCCUUGUGGAGUUUGCAGGAAAGGGGUUGGUAGUAACUCAAUUUUUUGUCAGACUUGCAAGCAUUGGGUACAUAAGAAGUGCAGUAGUAUUAGUGGAAGGUUAAGAGCUGACAUUCAGUUUGUAUGCAAGCCUUGCAAAGGUGAGAUUAUAGAGAAUGAAGUAUUUCCAGCUUUAAUGAUGUACAACAGUGGCUGGAAAUACUUCAUUCUCUAUAAUCUCACCUUUGCAACGCUUGCAUACAAACUGAAUGACAGCUCUUAACCUUCCACCAAUACUACUGCACUUCUUAUGUACCAAAUGCUUGCAAGUCUGACAAAAAAUUGAGUUACUACCAACCCCUUUCCUGCAAACUCCACAAGGCCACUUUCUAACUACAAGGUCACAUUUGGCUGCAAUGCUAGUAAUCAUGACUUUAGACUUUGCUGUGUUCACCCUUAGCCCUUUCUCUUCUAGUCCUUUCUUCCAUUUUACAAACUUUUUAACUAAUUUUUCGAUCGAUUCUGCUAUGAGAACCAAAUCAUCUGCAUAAAAUCAUGGACAACCUGUUCUGAACUUUAUCGAAAGCGCUUCUAACACUACAACAAACAACAAAGGACUAAGUACAGAACCCUGAUGUAUACCAACAUUUACACUAAAUUUAUCACUAAGUGAAUUGUUAAUCCUGACACGACUUCUAGCAUUGCUAUUUCUUGACUGAACCAUCGUAACUAGCCACUCAUCCACACCUAAUUUUCUCAUAGCCCACGAAAUAACUUUACGUGGCACUCUAUCAAAAGCUUUCUCUAAAUCUACAAAGGCAAAAUAGAGAUUCUUUCUCUUUCCUAAAUACUUUUCCUGAAGCUGUCUGAGUAAAAAUAUUGCAUCCGUAGUGCCACGCCCAGGAACAAAACCAAAUUGCAUCUUAUCUAUAUAAAUUCUUCCUUUAAGAAUUCAUAUUUGUCAAAACUUUAUUACUGAGCAUAAAGG